GAGUCUCACUCUCUCGCCCAGGCUGGAGUGCAGCGGGGUGAUCUCGGCUCACUGCAACCUCCACCUCCUGGUUCGAGCAAUUCUCCUGCCUCAGCCUCCUGAGCAGCUGGAACUACAGGUAUGCGCCACCACGCCUAAUUUUUGCUUUUUUUUUUUUAGACGGUUUUCGCUCUUGUUGCCCAGGCUGGAGUGCAAUGGUGUGAUCUCGGUUCACUGCAACUUCCGCCUCCCGGGUUCAAGCGAUUCUCCUGCCUCAGCCUCCCGAGUAGCUGGGAUUACAGGCGCCCGCCACCACGCCCGGCUAAUUUUCGUAUUUUUAGUAGAGAUGGGGUUUCACCGUGUUGGCCAGCCUGGUCUCGAACUCCUGACUUCAGGUGAUCCGCCCGCCUCGGCCUCCCAAAGUGCUAGGAUUACAGGCGUGAGCCACCGCAGUAGUCCCCAGUUUUUUUUUGUUUGUUUGUUUUGUUUUUUGUUUUUGAUAUCUCAAUUCCUACAGUUGAGGAAACAAACUAGGAGAGGAGAAGAGGAGGCGGAACUCAAGUGACGGGAAAGCAGGAACUGAAGAAGCGGAGGAAGGAUUUCAAAAUUGGACGAAAGCCGGUCGGUUUUACUAACGGACCGGAAGGACUCUAGAGAAGGCUCUGCACUAUGGCUGGUCCCGUGAGCUUAAGAGACCUUCUAAUGGGAGCGUCAGCCUGGAUGGGCUCUGAAAGUCCCGGAGGGUCCCCUACUGAGGGCGGAGGGAGCGCGGCUGGCGGACCGGAGCCUCCAUGGCGGGAGGAUGAGAUCUGCGUUGUGGGAAUCUUCGGCAAGACGGCUCUACGCCUGAAUUCCGAGAAGUUCUCUCUUGUGAAUACGGUGUGCGACCGACAGGUCUUUCCCCUCUUUCGCCACCAAGAUCCUGGGGAUCCAGGACCUGGAAUCAGAACUGAGGCUGGCGCCGUGGGUGAGGCCGGUGGAGCCGAGGACCCUGGGGCUGCAGCCGGGGGUUCAGUUCGGGGAAGUGGAGCUGUCGCGGAAGGUAACCGAACUGAGGCAGGCUCCCAGGACUACAGCCUUCUGCAGGCCUACUACAAUCAGGAAAGCAAAGUUCUGUAUCUUCUCCUCACCUCCAUCUGUGACAAUUCACAGCUUCUACGGGCUUGUCGGGCUCUUCAGAGCGGGGAAGCUGGAGGUGGACUCUCUUUACCUCAUGCAGAAGCACACGAGUUCUGGAAGCAUCAAGAGAAGCUACAGUGCCUCAGUCUCCUUUACCUAUUCUCUGUCUGUCAUAUCUUGCUUCUGGUCCAUCCCACUUGUUCCUUUGAUAUCACUUAUGAUCGAGUAUUCAGAGCCCUGGAUGGGCUGAGACAGAAGGUCCUGCCGCUCCUUAAAACAGCCAUUAAGGAUUGUCCAGUUGGCAAAGACUGGAAGCUAAACUGCCGACCUUGCCCACCUAGACUCCUUUUCCUCUUUCAACUCAAUGGAGCCCUCAAGGUAGAACCUCCUCGGAACCAGGACCCAGCUCAUCCAGACAAGCCUAAGAAACAUUCUCCCAAAAGGAGGCUGCAGCAUGCCCUGGAGGACCAGAUCUAUAGAAUCUUCCGGAAGAGUCGUGUCUUGACUAAUCAGAGCAUCAACUGCCUCUUUACUGUGCCUGCCAACCAAGCUUUCGUGUACAUAGUACCCGGAAGCCAGGAGGAGGACCCAGUAGGUAUGUUGCUGGACCAACUUAGGAGUCAUUGUACUGUGAAGGACCCGGAAUCUUUGCUGGUGCCUGCACCCCUUUCUGGGCCUAGGCGAUACCAGGUGAUGAGGCAGCACAGCCGACAACAACUUUCCUUUCACAUUGACAGCAGCAGUUCCAGUUCUUCAGGCCAGCUAGUGGAUUUCACUCUUCGGGAAUUCCUAUGGCAGCAUGUGGAGCUAGUUCUAAGCAAGAAAGGUUUCGAUGACAGUGUGGGCAGGAACCCACAGCCUUCCCAUUUUGAACUUCCUACUUAUCAGAAGUGGAUCUCAGCAGCUUCAAAACUGUAUGAGGUGGCUAUUGAUGGGAAAGAGGAGGACUUGGGGUCACCCACUGGAGAGCUAACAUCUAAGAUUUUAAGCAGUAUUAAAGUCUUGGAAGGAUUUUUGGAUAUUGACACAAAAUUCUCAGAAAAUCGAUGCCAAAAAGCUUUACCCAUGGCCCACAGUGCCUACCAGUCAAAUUUGCCUCAUAAUUACACAAUGACUGUCCAUAAGAAUCAGCUUGCCCAGGCUCUUCGAGUGUACAGUCAACAUGCUAGAGGUCCAGCAUUUCACAAAUACGCCAUGCAGUUACAUGAGGACUGCUACAAAUUUUGGAGCAAUGGCCAUCAGCUCUGUGAGGAGAGGAGUUUAACUGAUCAACACUGUGUGCACAAAUUUCACUCAUUACCUAAAUCAGGAGAAAAACCAGAGGCUGAUAGAAAUCCGCCUGUGCUAUAUCACAAUAGCCGAGCUCGAUCUACUGGUGCUUGCAACUGUGGAAGGAAACAAGCACCUCGAGAUGAUCCCUUUGAUAUCAAAGCAGCCAAUUAUGACUUCUAUCAGCUUCUGGAAGAAAAGUGUUGUGGAAAAUUGGAUCAUAUCAAUUUCCCAGUAUUUGAACCAAGUACUCCAGAUCCUGCUCCUGCUAAAAAUGAAUCCUCUCCUGCUCCUCCAGAUUCAGAUGCUGAUAAACUUAAAGAAAAAGAACCUCAAACCCAAGGAGAGAGCACGAGCCUGAGUUUAGCUUUGAGUUUGGGCCAAUCCACAGAUAGCUUAGGUACCUAUCCAGCUGAUCCACAAGCAGGAGGAGAUAAUCCAGAAGUUCAUGGUCAAGUAGAAGUGAAAACUGAGAAGAGACCAAACUUGGUUGAUCGACAGGCAUCCACAGUUGAGUAUCUCCCAGGCAUGCUACAUUCAAAUUGCCCUAAAGGUCUCCUACCCAAAUUCUCCAGCUGGUCUUUGGUUAAACUAGGCCCUGCUAAGUCUUAUAACUUUCAUACAGGUUUGGACCAACAGGGCUUUAUUCCAGGAACAAAUUAUCUUAUGCCUUGGGACAUUGUCAUCAGGACUAGAGCUGAAGAUGAAGGAGACUUAGACACAAACUCUUGGCCUGCUCCAAAUAAAGCUAUUCCUGGAAAGAGAAGUGCAGUUGUAAUGGGAAGAGGAAGACGGCGAGAUGACAUAGCUCGAGCUUUUGUGGGCUUUGAAUAUGAAGACUCUCGAGGUCGGAGAUUCAUGUGCUCUGGGCCUGACAAAGUAAUGAAAGUAAUGGGAAGUGGGCCAAAGGAAUCAGCUUUAAAAGCCCUAAAUAGUGACAUGCCCUUAUAUAUUCUGUCAUCCUCUCAAGGUAGAGGGCUGAAACCUCAUUAUGCUCAACUUAUGAGGCUUUUUGUUGUGGUUCCUGAUGCUCCUUUGCAGAUAAUACUGAUGCCUCAGGUUCAACCAGGCCCACCACCAUGUCCGGUAUUCUACCCAGAAAAACAAGAAAUCACCCUUCCACCUGAUGGCCUUUGGGUUUUGAGAUUUCCUUAUGCAUAUGUGACUGAGAGAGGACCUUGUUUCCCCCCUAAGGAAAAUGUGCAGUUAAUGAGCUACAAGGUGCUCCGUGGGGUUCUUAAGGCAGUAACACAAUAAGUGUUUUCCAGCCAGUUCAAUCCUGUACUUGAGCUGGUUUUUGUUUUUGGUAUGUGUGGCUGUGUUUUUGGUAUGUGUUUACUGUGUUUUCCCAAAUCCAAAAUGUGUUUUGGUUACAGGAGUUCAGUAUUUGGAAACUAAUUUGUUCUACUUUUUCAUUAUAUUGUUGAUAUUUAUUGUAAACGUGGCUACAACUUUCUAAUAAAGAUUGGUUGUUCUAGAAAAGAAUAUAAAA